UCGAAACCUGACAUUAAUAAACACCAUUAUGUUGAAUACAUUGUCUACAAUUAAAUAGGUCCUGGUCUCUUUAAGAUUUAGGUGGCGGCGUGCUUGAGGAAAUGUUUCGGAAGUGUAAACGCCGAGGUAGGAGGAAUCGAAGGAAAGGAGAGCAAAGGGAUGGAGAAAUUAUCCCUUUUUGACAGCCUAUUGGUGAAUACACAGUUCCACACAAACUACCAUGCACACACUGACUGGUGCAUUGUCGUCGUUUGACAUCCAGUAACGUUAGCGGUAAUCGUGAAAGGGUGGUUGCUGAUAAAUUAGGGACCAGGGCUCGCUGUGGGUCUGGUGGUGAGACAGUGAGCCAUACCUCCUUCCCCACUGAAUAGUGUGUGUGAGAGAGAGGCGACUGGAGGGGGAGGCAGGUGCCAUGCUCCAGGGGUGAGAGGGGGGGGAGAGAGACACACACACAGGGCUCAGGGGUGGUGGCUGAGGUUGCCAAGGAGAUGAAGUUGAAACAGCGCGUGGUGUUGCUGGUUGCCGUGCUACUCCUGUUGGGGCUGGCCAAACUCUUUCUGCUGGAUGGAGGAGAGGGGUCCGCAGCCAGCCGACGAGACCUCCGAGCCUUCCGCAAGAUGGAGGCAGGUCUGUCUCUCUCACGCGGUGACCGGCUAACACACACCCUCCAGUCUCCAUGGGAGGUGGCAAACCAGUGGGUGGGCCCCAGGGAGGUGUACCCUGAGGAGACCCCCGAGCUGUCAGCCGUCCUCACCGCGCUGGGCACUGCCAGGGUGGAGCGGGCAGAUGUGGGCUACAAGGGCACCCAGCUCAAAGCUCUACUAAUACUGGACGGGGGGCAGAAGGUGGUCUUCAAACCCAAGAGGUAUAGUAGAGGCUAUGUGGUAGAAGGAGAGCCUUAUGCAGGUUAUGACAGACACAAUGCAGAGGUGGCAGCUUUUCACCUGGACAGGAUCCUGGGUUUCAGAAGAGCACCCCUAGUGGUCGGGAGGUUUGUCAACCUGAGGACUGAGAUCAAACCUGUCGCUACGGACCAGCUACUCAGUACCUUUCUAAUGCAGGGUAAUAAUAGUUGUUUCUAUGGGAAGUGUUACUACUGUAGAGAGAGUGAACCGGCGUGUGCGGAGGGAGAGAUGAUGGAGGGAUCAGUAACUCUCUGGCUGCCAGACGUCUGGCCUCUCCAGAAACACAGACACCCCUGGGGACGCACCUACAGGGAGGGCAAACUGGCCAGGUGGGAGUAUGAUGAGAGCUACUGUGAUGCGGUGAAGAAGAUGCCGCCGUACGACGCCGGUCCCAGACUGCUGGACGUCAUAGACACAGCCAUCUUUGAUUACCUCAUCGGCAACGCCGACCGACACCACUAUGAGAGUUUCCAAGACGACGGAGGAGCCAGCAUGCUCAUCCUGCUGGAUAACGCCAAGAGUUUUGGGAAUGCAGCUCUGGAUGAAAGAAGCAUUCUGGCCCCUCUAUAUCAGUGUUGCAUGGUGCGUGUGUCUACGUGGAACAGGUUGAACCUGCUGAGAGCUGGGGCUCUGAGUUCAGCCCUAAGACAGGCCCUGACCUUUGAUCCCAUUAACCCUGUCCUGGCCGAGCCCCACCUGGCUGCCCUGGACAGACGGCUGUCUGGUGUCAUAGCAACCAUCCAGCAGUGUGUGGAGUCGCUGGGCCCCGACAACACACUGAUAGAGGACCGCAUGAUCCUGCCACACCCCUAGAAAGGACAGGAGAGAGGGGGAGGG